AUGUUCAACAAUCUGGGUUCGUGGCUGGGCUUUGAAAGUCCGGGUUCUAAGACUGUGGACGGAACAGAGAAGGAGAAUGAAGCUGUUGUUGAAGCCCAGAACGAGGUAAACAAAGUGCAGCCUGAUGGAGAUGACCAGACAGCAGAGACAGAGAGCCCAGAGGAGCUGGACCCGAGCAGGGACCCGAGCAGGGGACUGGGAGAGUUUAUUUUCAGUUUCGCUUCCACCGCCACCAAGAAGCUCUCAGAAUCUGUGGUGGAAACGGCAAACACUAUCAAGAAGAGUGUGGAAGAGGGUAAAAUUAUUGACAAGACCUUUCUCGGAGACUUCCAGAAGGAGCAAGAAAAGUUUGUCUCAGAAAAGAAGGCAAAGCGAUCAGAAGCUGCAGUUCCUCCCUGGGUGGGCUAUAACGAGGAGGAGACCAUCCAGCAGCAGAUUUUGGCUCUCUCAGCUGAUAAAAGGAAUUUCCUGCGUGACCCUCCGGCCGGUGUGCAGUUCCACUUUGACAUGGAUCAGAUGUACCCCCUGGCUGCUGUGAUGUUGGAGGAGGACCAGCUUCUCAACUGCAUGCGCUUUGACCUCGUCCCAAAGCUUGUGAAGGAGGAAGUUUUCUGGAGGAAUUACUUCUACCGAGUGUCUUUGAUAAAGCAGUCUGCUCAGCUCACAGCUCUAGCAGCACAACAGCAGCAGCAGCAACAAGACGGAGAAGAGCGAAAGGCCAGCGUCUCUCCUGAGGACGUCAUUCUAACAGACACCGUCAGACCAAAAACUCCACCUGUUUCAAUCCUGGACGUGAAAAAGCCACAACACGAAGAAGAGGAGAUCUCCACCAGCCCCGGCGUGUCUGAGUUUGUUAGUGACGCUUUUGACUCCGCUGCCAUUAACCAUGAGGAUCUGAGGAAAGGGAUGGAGCAACUUGUGCUGAACAAGAAGGAUGACACGCCCUCACCCGAUGACGACUCUGCGGACUGGGAGAAAGAGCUGCAGCAGGAGCUCCAGGAGUACGAGGUUGUGACUGAGUCUGACAACAGAGACGAGCAGUGGGACCAGGAGAUCGAAGAGAUGCUGCAAGCUGACGAGUAA